CCGUCCCUUCCCUGCGCGGCCCGGCGGAGGCGGGGAUGCCUCACAGGACGGAGCUGUAUGAGGAGCCCCCACUGGGAUGCUGGCCCAUUGUGUAUUCCCCAGACUACAACAUCACCUUCAUGGGACUUGAGAAGCUGCACCCCUUCGAUGCAGGGAAAUGGGGGAAAGUCAUCAAUUUCUUGAAAGAAGAAAAACUAAUUGCAGACGACUUGAUUGUGCAGGCACGGGAGGCGACUGAUGAAGAUCUCUUGGUUGUUCACACCAGGCGCUACCUUAAUAAAUUAAAGUGGUCAUUUGUUGUGGCUACAAUCACAGAAAUUCCUCCGGUUGCCUUUCUUCCCAAUUUUGUUGUUCAGAGAAAAGUUCUGAAACCUCUACGAACCCAGACAGGAGGAACAAUAAUGGCAGGAAAGCUUGCUGUGGAUAGAGGCUGGGCCAUCAACGUGGGGGGUGGUUUCCAUCAUUGCUCCAGUGACAAAGGGGGAGGAUUUUGUGCAUAUGCUGACAUCACACUGGCCAUCAAGUUCUUAUUUGAGAGAGUACAAGGAGUGUCUAGAGCCACAAUUAUUGAUCUGGAUGCCCAUCAGGGAAAUGGCCAUGAGAGGGACUUUAUGGAUGAUCCUCGGGUUUAUAUUAUGGAUGCAUACAAUAGAUAUAUUUACCCAGGUGAUGGUUUUGCUAAACGUGCCAUAAAACGCAAAGUGGAACUGGAGUGGGGCACAGAGGACACCGAGUACCUGCAGAAGGUGCAGACCCACGUGGAGGGAGCCCUGAAUGAAUUCAAGCCUGACAUCGUUGUUUACAAUGCUGGCACUGAUAUUCUGGACGGGGAUCCCCUGGGAGGCCUGGCCAUUUCCCCCCAGGGCAUUGUGAAGAGGGACGAGGUGGUGUUCAGGGCUGCCAGGAGCCGCGGGGUCCCCGUGCUGAUGGUGACAUCCGGGGGGUACCAGAAGAGGACGGCGCGCAUCAUCGCCGACUCCAUCCUCAACCUGCACAGCCUGGGGCUCCUGGGCAGGCAGCGGCCAGCCUGUGCUCUUGGGAGCCCCAGCCUGGAUCAGAUGGUCAGAGACUCUGCCAAGGACUUCAGCAACUUGUCACUGCAGUGACAGGUCACUCAGUGUUGGUCACAUAACCCAGCAGCAAUACGGAGUAACUCUGUCUAAUUGCUGAAUUUAUCUUGAGCUAAGGCAACACAUCCUUUUAAACUAAUUGAGAUAUGCACUCAAGGGUACUGUCUUUGUGUCUAAUAUUGCUGUAGAACGCUUAAUUUGCUUCUCUGAUUAAAGAAGUAUGGGUAUGGGGGGGGUAGGGGGUUGGUCUGUUACGUUUGAAGAACUAUGCAGUUGGUAUCCAAAGACUGUCCCAGACCUGUUUCAGAUGGUGUAGCAUGGUCUGGAGUAGGAGGAAUAUGGACUAAAGCUACUGUUUUGUGUUUUUUUUUUUUUUAAUACUGCAUUUUAUUUAUUGCUUUUUAAAUUGAAAUACUUCAUAAAACGAGUUCUGUGCAGACUUCAACUGUCAGUUUAACACUAAAGGGAAGUGCAAUACUGUAAAAGUCAGGGCAGUUUGUUUAUGGCUUUGAAGCCAUAGACAGUUAGAAGGAAUGUUUGUAAAUUCAUAGUUUAUUCCUCUUGUUGAUAGUGACUUAAAUCUUGCUCAUAAACACCUUGUGAAAUAGAAUAUGAAACACCUUUGGCUCUGUAUGCAAAUGAGCCAUAAGGGCUCAUCAUUACCAGUCUGGUGUUCCAAAUGAGCUCUGCAUGUGAAAGGCAGUAGUUCCUAUGCACUGUAACUCACAGACAGAGAAACUACAGUCCAAUGAAAGCUGAUCUUACAGUUCUCAGCAACCCUGCAGAAAAAACUAUGUAGAAAUAUAGGCUGUCUUACUAUUGCCAGCUUGCCAUGUAUAAAACAGUGAGGAGUAGAUUUAAAUUAUUUUUCCCCAGCUAGUGUUGUGUUUUUCACUUGCUCAGAGAUCAAUGGUACUGCUAGUUGCCAUCAUAGUUGGUAAGCAAAUCCUUCAUUUUUCUUGUUCAUCAAGGAAGGCAGUGACAUUUCUACAUUACGAAUGUGCUAACUUUAUAUGGAGCUUUUCGGAGGAUUUGGGAACAAAACAGUGUAUUCAAAGCAAAUUCAGUUGCACUACCUGGGAAGUUUGACUUUGUUCAAGUUGGUAUAUUUUGCAUUAGGUGCUGUUUGUAGCAGUGGGUUGUAAAUGUACUAAACUGUAUAUUUUGCAAGAGCUUUUAUAACUUUCACUGAUUUGUACUACAAGUUUUAUGUUGUGUUUAGGUUGGAACCGUCCUGUGAGGGAGCACCAGGAUUUUCCUUGUAGUAGAGUUGUUGUGUAAGCUAUUUAAGGAAUGUUUAAUUCUAAUACUUACCUCAUUUAGUGGUCAUGUUUAGAUCAUGGAGUUUGUCCAUUGUAGGAAUUGCACAAAUGCUAUAAAUACCUGCUUUAAACCAGAUCCGACCUACUGCACUAAGCUUGAGUUGCUACACUGGGAUUAAAGAACACUUUUUAAAUUUCUUACUAGAAGGACCAUCAGAGUAUGACUAAUAUUGAGAUUUAUUUUUUAUAUACUGUGUGACAUUACUGAAAGAUGUUGUUAUUCUUUCAUAUAAUUUUAAUAAAAUUCUAGAUUACAUUUCUAUGAACUAAACCCCCAUCAUAGCACUAUAUGGUCUUUCCCCAAACAUUUGCUGUCUGUGUUAACAUGUUUCUAUAAUUUCCCCUCAGUGGAGAUUAAAAUUAUGUUGAACAAU